GUUGGUGUGCGAGACGCCGGCACCAAGUGGCAGCGACUCGGACAUCUGAGCUGCCACCGCCGAGACGGGCCCGCCAGGCAGAGACAAUCAAUAUGCGUUUCCAAGGCCUUUGGCUAUGUUUGGGUCUUCUAUUCACCUCAGUUAAUGCAGAAUCUGUGGAUGAUGGUGUUGAGAUAGAAGACUUUGACGAAAAGUCAGAAGAGAUUGAUGGGAAUGAAGGUGAAUACUCCCCCGAGAUUCCAUAUAAGACACCGCAACCUUUAGGAGAGGUCUACUUUGCUGAAACGUUUGAUAGUGGGAAGUUGGCUGGGUGGGUCUUAUCGAAAGCAAAGAAAGAUGGCAUGGCAGAUGAGGAGAUGUCGAUCUAUGACGGAAGAUGGGAAAUAGAAGAACUGAAAGAGAACCGGGUGCCUGGGGACAGAGGACUGGUGCUGAAGUCGCGAGCGAAGCACCACGCAAUAUCUGCUAUAUUAGCAAAACCCUUUAUUUUUGCCGAUGAGCCUUUGAUAGUUCAAUACGAAGUGAAUUUUCAAGAUGGGAUUGACUGUGGAGGCGCAUACAUUAAACUCCUAGCAGACACUGACGAUUUGAAUCUGGAAAACUUUUAUGAUAAAACAUCUUACACCAUUAUGUUUGGACCAGAUAAAUGUGGCGAAGAUUAUAAACUUCAUUUUAUCUUCAGACAUAAACAUCCCCAAACUGGAGUAUUUGAAGAGAAGCAUGCCAGGCCUCCAGAGACGGACCUUAAAAAGUUCUUCACAGACAAGAAGACUCAUCUCUAUACCCUCGUGAUGAAUCCAGAUGACACGUUUGAAAUAUUAAUCGACCAAAUAGUCGUGAAUAAGGGGAGCCUGCUAGAAGAUGUGGUUCCGCCUAUUAAUCCCCCCAAAGAAAUUGAAGACCCCAUGGACAAGAAACCCCCCGACUGGGACGACAGAGCCAAAAUCCCCGACCCGAAGGCCGUCAAGCCGGAUGACUGGGAUGAAAGCGAACCUGCCCAAAUAGAGGACACGAGUGUGACUAAGCCAGAGGGCUGGCUUGAUGACGAGCCGGAGAACAUUCCAGACCCAGCGGCAGAGAAGCCUGACGACUGGAACGAGGACAUGGACGGCCUGUGGGAGGCGCCUCUCAUCGCCAACCCAGCGUGCCACGUUGGGUGUGGCGAGUGGAAACCGCCCAUGAUAGACAACCCAGAGUACAAAGGGAUCUGGACACCUCCGCUGGUGGACAACCCGAGCUACCAGGGAGUGUGGAGCCCUCGGAAGAUCCCCAACCCCGACUAUUUUGAAGACGACCAUCCGUUUCUUCUCACUGCUUUCCGGGCCCUUGGCUUAGAGCUCUGGUCGAUGACCUCCGAUAUCUAUUUUGAUAAUUUCAUUAUCUGUUCCGAAAGAGAAGUAGCAGAUCGCUGGGCCACGGAUGGCUGGGCCGUGAAGAGGAGGAUAGCUCGUGCCAAUGAGCCCGGCGUGCUGAAGCAGCUGGUAGCUGCCGCCGAGGACCGCCCCUGGCUGUGGCUCAUCUACCUGGUGACUACGGGGCUUCCCGUCGUCCUCAUCACCUUGUUCUGCUGGCCGAGAAAGGUCAAGAAAAAAUAUGAAGAGGUCGAGUAUAAGAAAGUGGACGCCUGCAGGCCACAGACCAAGGGCGCGCUGGAGCAGGAAGUGACGGAGGAGGCGAGAGAGGAGAAGGCCGACCUGGAGAAGCCGGGCGACUUGGAAGAGGACACAAAGCCAAGCGAUGGUGAAGUUGUUGGACAAGAGCCCUGGGCGGCCGGCAAGACCCCUGAGGCUGGCACGGCGGCUGUGGAGCCCGACAGCCCCGAGUCCCCGGUGUGCCCCCCGGUGAGGACCUGCCAGGCAUCUGAGAAUACAGAAGAGGAAGGUGAACCUGAGGAAAAGAGUGAAGAAGAAAUUGAAAUCAUAGAGGGACAGGAAGAAGGCAAUAAGUCAAACAAGUCUGGAUCAGAGGAUGAGAUGAAAGAAGCCGACGAGAGCACAGGAUCUGGAGACGGGCCGGUCAAGUCGGUUCGGAAGAGAAGGGUGCGGAAGGAGUAAGCGACAGCGAGUAUUCCCACUCGGGGUGCGCAGCGGGCCGGCCCCCACAGCCCCGGGCGGCCGAACCCGCCUCCCCACCCGGCCCAGCCUGUUUCCAACUCGGAGCAGCUCAACUCAGACAUUCAUUUUAGGAAAAGAAAACCUU